AGUUGAGUUAGACAGUUGUCAAAAUUUAACUGAACAAUAUGAGUGGUGGUUUUUGAUAGAUUAGGCCGUAACUUUUGUUGCAAAGAUCUACUCUAGGUUCGGUAAUAACACAGUGCUGUUGCCAGAAUGCAGAGUGUUAUAAAUUCAGUUAAAGGCACUGCUCUUGGUGUCGCCGAAUAUUUGACCCCAGUUUUGAAGAAAAGUAAAUUCAGGGAGACAGGUGUAUUAACACCAGAAGAGUUUGUAGCUGCGGGGGAUCACCUUGUGCAUCAUUGUCCGACUUGGCAGUGGGCUACUGGUGAUCAAGAUAGGAUAAAGUCUUAUUUGCCAAAAAACAAACAGUAUUUGUUGACUCGUAAUGUUCCGUGCACACGUCGAUGUAAACAGAUUGAGUACUGCGAAGAACAAGAGAGAGUUAUAGAAACGGAUGAUUCAGAUGAUGGCUGGGUGGAUACUCAUCAUUAUGAUGUGAGCUUAAGUGGAAUCGAGGAGAAAUUUACAGAAAUGACAUUAGAAGAUAUACAACCUUUUCCUUCUGGAGGAACAGGAGAUGCAGACGAGGACGACGAAGAUGAAGAAGCUGCUGAUAUGGAGGCCUUUGAAGUUAGCGGAAUGUUAGAUGAAGUAGAUAAAUACACAGCAGAAAACUUAAAAAAGUCCACGAAGGAGAAACAGGAAUCUUGUUUAGAAGGAGAGAUUAUACGUACACGUACCUAUGAUUUACAUAUUACUUAUGAUAAAUAUUAUCAAACUCCAAGAUUGUGGCUCUUUGGAUACGAUGAGAAUCGAAAACCACUUUCUGUAGAGGAAAUGUAUGAAGACGUAAGUCAAGAUCAUGCAAAAAAGACAGUUACAAUGGAAACACAUCCACAUUUACCUGGACCACCCAUGGCUUCUGUACACCCAUGCAGGCACGCAGAAGUAAUGAAAAAGAUUAUAGAAACAGUAAUGGAGGGUGGUGGUGAGCUUGGAGUUCAUAUGUAUUUAAUAAUAUUCCUUAAGUUCGUACAGUCGGUAAUUCCUACGAUCGAAUACGAUUAUACUCAAAAUGUUAUGCUUACCACAUCGGGCUAAGUGAACAAGAUAUGCAAAAUGAUCAAUUUAUUCUUGGGAUAGAAUUCUGCUAUGCUGGACUCAAAGCAAAAUCUUGUAUAUGUUCAUAUUAAACGUUAGGCGGUAGUGAAGCUGUACUUCAGACCGCUUUGUCUUGAAAUGCUCUUUGUUCGGUAACUUUCUUGUUGCACGCAGCAGAAUUAUUUGAACACAUUUCUGUACUAAACAGCACAUAUGUUUUUUUUAAUGUUCUAUACUAAUGGAUAUGCAAUAUUUUUCUUUUAUCUUAAUGUUCCUGAUGUAAUAUAAAUCACCUUCUUCUAUAUCUUUACUUUUUAUGGAAAAAAAAAAUAGAAUUUAUGAAUACAUAACUGAAAAACAAGUGAACCUUGAAAUAAUUAAAAAGACAAUUUCAGAAGUCUCCAAGGGAGUGAAAUACGUAAAUUGUGAGGUAUUUACUUUUAGUACUGAUGGAUCGCAAUUGCGCUAGUAAUUAUACAAUCAUUACAAAUUUAUUUUGUUUAUGAUGACUGUUAGCUUUGCACAUUUUUAUACAAUUGUUAGAAUGCUUUCUGAUACUUUGUACUGAAAUGUGAAAAUCUGCGAAUGGUUCUUAUAUCUGAAUUUUAAUAUGAAAAACAGUUCAAAUAAGAAACGAUAUUAUACAUUUGUAAUUCCUAAGUAGGAAUCGACACUAAAUCAGGAGUACAUGUUAGUCCAUUCAAACAAAAAAUUUAUUUGAUACAAUUGGACUAUAGAACUGCAAUUAAAGGAUAGUAUUUCAUGUUAACCUUUUUUGCUAGAUGGGCUUUGAAAGAUUAAAAUAAAGUUGCAUGUAUGUCAUUCCGUU